AUGAAUGAUGACCCGUUGCAGGGACAUGCAGCCCAUUGUAGAACCCCUGAGUCCUUCAACUUUGAAGAAGAUCUUAGUAGUUCCUCUUCCUCCUCCUCCCCAUGUUUUGCAUUGUCUCCAGGAAGUGGCCAAGGAAAUCCUUCCACUUCAGAAGCAGUUUUUCAACUGGACCUGCCCCCAGUCCUGGUAGAUCAACAGCCUGCUGUCACUUCAUCUACCUCUGAUGCUGAGUUCUCUCUCCAAGGGGGAAACCUCCUCAAGCCCACAAUUUCACUCCCGAAGGCCUUACACAAAGUUCCUGAGGCCAGAAAGGCACCUCGACCCAAAAAGGCCAAGGAGCCCCGGCCCAAAGUCAAGAAGCUGAAGUACCACCAGUACAUGCCUCCCGAUCAGAAGGGGGAGCAGACUCCCUUGCCCAUGGACGCCGCCUACGCUCACCUCCUGCAGCAACAGCAGGUUUUUCUGCAGCUCCAGAUCUUGAAUCAGCAGCAGCAGCCCAUGCCCACCUCCCCAGCAACCUUCUGCGUUCAGGCUCUCCACGCCGUUCCCGCCAGCACUGCCUCAGAGCAAAUUCUGAAUUUCCCUGGGACUCCGGCUCCCACAAGUGGGCCUCCAACGCUCCCUCUUCCUUCUCCAGCCACCCCAAUCUCCUCUUUGCCACCAAAACCGGAACUCUUACCUGCCAACUUAGAAGAACUCACGGUCUCCGAACUCCGCCAGCAGCUCCGUAAAAGGGGCCUUCCUGUUUCGGGCACCAAGCCAGCUCUGCUGGAACGUCUCAAGCCUUACCAGGUGGCCCGGGUGAAGCCCCCACCUGUGCCACUCCCCAGCACCCGCCUAGCACCUUCUGAGUUAGAAGAAGAACCCCAGGCCCUGCAGGAGAAGCAGCGGGUGGUGGAGAAUUUGGCACUAAAGCUCCAUCAAGAGCUGAAGCAUCACGACAGCGACCCACGCGAGGAGCUGGAACUGCACAAGCAGAUCAAGAAUCGCCGGAAGGGAGCACUGCAGUCACCUGGCCGGCAGGAGGUUCCGCCCCCUCCGUACAUCCCCAAGAGAGAGUGCACCAAGGAGGGAGGGGCCCCCGAAGACAGGUUCAUGGUUUUAUGCCCCACCACGUGUGAGCCAAUCCAUUCUGAUAUGGAGCUGCCCCUCGAGAUUACAGCCAGCCCUCCUGAUCCAGCCCCAGCCAGCCGCUCCCUUGAGGAAGAACUGCAAGAGGCCAUUCAAAAGGCUCAGCUGGUGCCAAGCCAAUCCAUUGAAGAGAUUUUAGAGGAACCACUGAUGUGUACAGAUGACAUUCUACAAGCACCUGUCUUGACCCCAGAGGUUUCUGAUCAAGUUUCCUUGUCCCCAUUGGUCCACCAAGAAGCAUCACCACCCAAGAAAUCCUGCUCCAGCAAUGAGCCACCAUUGGUGCCUUCUGCCAUCUUUGAUUUUCCGGGACCCUACGAUUUCCUUUCAACAGCCUCCUCUUCAUCUGCAUCACUGGAUUCUCUGUCCUCUGUUUUCUCCCCUGACUCUCUGGAGAUGCCACCAUCUCCUCCAGAUAUCUGGCAAGGAAGUGGGACCCGUGCUGGAUUUGACCCUGUUGAUUGGCUAGAAGCCUUGACCUCGGGUUCAGCAUCAGGUCUCGGCUCUGCCAGUCCGGUUGGUAGCAGCAUCUUCUGUACAGACCUUUUUGAUUCUUCUGACUUGGGUGUCAAUCACAUGAUAGACCUAAUGGUGGAGCAGUGGUAGUAAGGGCACCAACCACAGUCUGGUCCCCAACGCUUGAUGGAAAAGGGGAAGGGUCUUCUUUUUAUCCUAAAAGGUCAUCAUGGCACUAGAAUCCAGCUAGAUUGGGCAAUAAUACUAACAUCAAGCUUCAUUGUACAUGGUCUUCUUUCUGCUAAUGACAUGUCCAAUUGCUCCCUUGGAAGAAUGAAGCCAUUAUUAUCUGGAUGGUGUCAGUCUGUACUCAUCUUGGAUGGCCAGACAUGUCAGAAAUCCUGGCAUUCACUUUGGAGAGAUAAAACCAGGGAUGAAAUCUAAAAAUUUUCCCUACCGGUUCUGUGGGCAUGGCUUAAUUGGUGGGCAUGGCUUGGUGGGCGUGGCCAAUAACAAUAAAUAAUAAAAAUAAUAAACAAAGUAUAAAAAAACAAUAAGAGGUACCAAAAACCACUUUACACACACACAACACAACACAACUGACUCAUACACAAUGUAAAAGCAGCUGCACUUCACACUUCACAUAGCCACAAAAAGCUCAAAAACCAACUUUCAUACUUUACACACACACAACACAAUACAACACAACUGACUCACACACAAUGUAAAAGCAGCUGCACUUCACACUUCACACAGCCACAAAAAGCUCAAAAACCAACUUUCACACUUUACACACACACAAC